UUUUGAAGCAAUUUACCCUUGACGCGUGACAUACAGGUGCAAGCUCAAGGCGCGUCUUGCCCAUGCGUGCCUCUUCCCCCAGUUCCGCCUGCACGACUAUGGCCAUUCCUCCACACUGACCAUUGGUAUCUCCUCGUCAAGGACGAAACAACGCAAUUGCGAUGUAAUCCCGUACGCUGUGUCGGGAGGAAACCAUGGAUAUGUUCUUCUGGUGUUUGCCGAACGCCGCAGUCCACGGGAGCCGUUCAGAUGGCACGGCCCCUUGUUAAAGCGACAAUGAACCAGUUUGGAUGCUUAUUGAUUCCCAAAUGAAUCUGUGGUCGGACAUGACACUUUUCCAUUUCAAUGGAGACCUCAGUCUCGACACUCAGGAUCAACUUGCCGCUCUAGGACUCGGUACAUGGAAGCGUUUGCUGGCUUGCCUAGUACACGCCGCAGAUACCUUACAGUUCAAGACUUGUAUUAUGACGCCUUCACCUAUGUUAUGCCUCUGGAACGACGUUGUACAUCCAAGUUUCGCGGCCAACAUGUCCAUCGAUUCAUGGAGUACCCUUUCUGUGUCAUGUUUCCUUCCAUCGGGAAGGACGGAUAGUCGCUCUGGACUGUAAGAAACUAUCAAGGGGUAGCUCGGUUAUCAGCGGACGUCAAGGAGUGGCUCGA